UGUAUGUUGGGGAAAGAAGAUAAGUACAUUACACAGCAGCAUGUGCUGACAUGAGUCAAUGUUUUGGAGCUGCAUAUUAUAAGGUAUAAGCAUGACAAUAUUCAUAUAUUUCUGCAUUCUACUCCACUUCAUCUGCUGUUCUGCCACUCAGGAGAAUAAGACUUCAGAUCUUUAUCCCAAAGAUGUGACAGCAAUUCCAGAAACACUGAAAGCUGGAGCCACAAGCGUCUAUUUUAUGGGCAGUCAGAUUCAUGUCAUACCAAAAGGAGCAUUUUCCCAAAACCCUCAACUAGAGAAAAUUGAGUUUUUUGAGACACCUACAACUUCAGUAGAAGAAGGUGCAUUUGAAGGUUUAGAACAUCUCAAUACCAUUGAAAUUUCAGAUACCCAAGUGACAUCUCUACCUGUUGGUGUUUUUAAGAAUCUGACCAAACUUUGGAAGUUGAUUCUGAGAUCAAACAAAAUUCAGAGCCUAGAAAAUGGACUGUUUCAUGACAACAAGAAUCUUGAAAUACUCCGAUUGCAAGAAAACAGAAUUUCAACAAUUGAAGAGGGAACAUUCGAUCCUUUGGAGAAACUCACAGAACUUAAUAUUGGAAAAAACAAUCUUACUUCCAUCUCAUCAUCUCUUUUUUCAAAGCUCAAUCAGCUGAAAACCUUUAGGUUGGAUGGGAACCAGCUGACAUCAAUGCCUGAUGGAAUUUUUGAUAAUCUACCAAAUCUGAAGGAAAUAGCCAUACACACCAACAGAAUCACAUGCAUACAACCAAAUUUGUUUCCACAUAAAAAUAUAUUGACAACGCUGUUAUUAAACAAUAAUCUCUUGACUGAACUUCCACUUGAGCUAUUUGUGGGUUUCUCUGCACUCAAAAAGUUAACACUGAAUCAUAAUCAGCUCACUGCUCUCCCACCUCUACUUUUCAGAGACGUGCCUACAAUACGUUACUUGUUUCUGAACAACAACAAUAUUACAUCUUUACCUGCUGAGAUUUUUCAGUCACUGAAGCAACUUUUUAAAUUAGACCUGUCCUCAAAUCAGUUUUCAACUCUUUCUGGAGAUUCUUUUUCUGGACUUGAGAAACUUUCUGAACUGAAUCUACGGAAUAAUCUCAUUGUGUCACUUAAGCCUGAAGCCUUCACAAACCUAAAAUCUCUUUCUACCCUCAAACUAGAUCAUAAUCAUUUGAGAAUGAUUCCACAAGAUGUCUUUGAUUCUCUGCCAAAACUUAGGAAAGUAUUUUUGAACAACAACACAUGGCACUGUGACUGCAACCUGCUCCCCAUGUAUAAGUGGAUGAAAGAAAAUGAGGAUAAGAUAAAGUCUUCUUCUCCAGAGCUUUGUCAGUACCCAGAGGAUUUGAAAGGCCAAUCAAUCACAUCUUUAAAAGAAGAACAACUGAUAUGUCCCACGCAACUGUUUCAACAAUUUUGUCAACAACCACAAUUGCCCUAAUAAGGACUACCACUUCUGUAGUGACUUCAAAUAUUAGGAAUUGUAUUAUCGGGAACUUGUAUUAUUAGGAAUAUUUACAUGCACACACUAUAGCAAUUAGCAUAUAAGCAUUCACGUGUUACCAUGCUAGCUGUUAGCAUGUUACCCAUUAUAUCAUGCCUGCUGUUAGCUUAUGAGUUGUUAGCAUGUUCACCAUUAGCAUGUUAUCAUGAGAGCUGUUAACAUGUUAGGAUUAGCAUGGUAGCAUGCAGAGUUCGCAUGUUUGCUGUUAGUGAGUUCGCCUGAGCAUGUUAGCAUGCUAACUGUUAGCUGUUAGCAUGUCACCCUCAGCAUGUUAGCAUGCAAAAAGUUAACAUACUAGCCAUUAGCAUGUUAGCCUGUUAACUAUUAGCAUGAUAGCUGUCAGCAUAUUAGCCUUAGGCUACAUUUACAUUACGUCGAAUCAGCGGAUCAUCAGAUUAACGUUCUUAAAACGAUUCGCGUUUACACUAAAACCGUUAGCCGUGCACACAGCAACGCCAAUACGCGGAUACACUCGGCUCCGCAGGCAUCCUGUGCUCCAAAUCACUCCGCCCUGAACAGCGAGUGCCCUCUGGAGGGUGCGCACUCCGGCCCUGCGCAGCUCACACAGUGCGCGAGUGAAGUGCACAAGCCACGAUUCGGGACUGAGCCGCUGUGUGUGUGAUCCCAGCGCAUAUCACUUACUACUUGCAAGUGGAAGGAUGGCAAGCCUAAAGACAUUCAUAACUACACAAUGGGCAGUAUUUGCAUCAGUAUUUGCAGUAUUUUCAUACUUUUAUACUCUUUAAUGAAAGGUGAUACAAGGCGGAAGUCCGCGCCGUUUUUCAGCAGUCGCGUCACAUGACCAACGCCAGCGAAUCAGGAAAGUGGAUGUCACAGUGACGUUGUCCAAUGAGACGCCAGCUAGAGCUCAGCACAGCGUAUCCGCAUAUUUUGAAUGUUUACACAGCACCGGAGCUGACACGAUCUGGAUUGAAUACGUGGACGCUGGCGGAUUCCCGUUUCCAGGCGUUUUCAGGCGGUUUAAUGUAAACGGACAGUGCAUCCACAAAGAAAACGAGACAGAUACGGUCUAGUGUAAACGUAGCCUGAAAGUGUUAGAAUUUUAACAAAUAGAUAGUUUUCACUGACGUCACGGCAUUCCGGGGAAUGCCCCCAGCCGCCAUCUUGCGGGACAAACAAAACGGACCAUCGCCACUACCGGCUACGUUAUCUCGGAUGAAUUUAUGAAGUUAUAUAGUCAGUUUUCUAAAAUAAAGAUCAAUGUCGGCAAAAUCAAGCAAACAGAAGUAUAUAGAUACAUUAGACGACAUCUCACGACAACGGCAUGCAGACAAACUGGCCUUGAUUGGGGGAAUUGACCCCUACGAAGUGGACAAAGAUGCAUUUUCAAGUGACUAUGCAGGGCUGCCAAAGCCUGAAACUGCCAAAGCCUGCUCCAAAGCCUGAAACUGACUUCAUCAAACUUUAAAGGCUGUCUGAUAUAUACAACUUUAUAUAUUCA